UCACUUUUUAGUUAUUAGUUAAUAGUUUAUUACUUUUUCAGUUGAAAGAUAUUGAGUGAAAAACAUUAAAAGUUUAAGACACAAGUGACAACUGACAAUACUCAAAAAGUAAAAACAUUAGUAGAUUUACUGAUUAAAAUAACUAUUAUAUUAUUUAACACAUAUUUAAUGAAUGAAAAUAGCACUUAAAACUUAAGUUACAUCAUAGUAAUUACAAAAUAUAGUUUAUAAGACCGCAACUACAUACAAUUAUAACUACUAUUUUCUAAACUUAAGAGUGGAAGGUCAAAUAAAAUUAGGUCAGUAUAAUGUCACUUGUGGCGUACGCAGACAGUGAUUGCGAUUCAGAUGAUGAUAAUGUUGAAGUAUUAAAGCCAUUACCCAACUUUGUAGAAGUAGCGACAAAAACAAUUAGCAGUAAAUCAUUUUUAACACUGCCUGAACCUAAAUCUAUUGAAAACUUAAAAACAAUAGAUGAUUAUGAUUCAGUUGACGAAGAAAAUGUGGUAGUUCAAACAAAACCAUCAAUCGUCAAUARCAUUCAAGAGAAAAAAGAAACUCCUUUAUUUCCCACACUACCUAAGCCUAAAAGUGGAGGAAAAGUCAAAAUAAUAAUUCCUUCAUUAAAUGAAUUUUAUGAUGAAGAAGACGAUUAUCAACCAAAAUGUAAAGUUAUCAAACCUUCAAAUAGCGGAUGCGGCUUAUUCUCAAUGUUGCCUGAUCCCAAAAAUAAAAAAACAAGCAAAGCUUCAACGACUGUGUCAAUGGUUCCUAGGGCGACAAUGCGUAACAUUAAAAAUGUUAAAGAAAACUCUAAACCCAAAACAUUAGAAAUUAAGUGUUUUGAUACUAAACCAAUUGAAGUUGAAGAAGAAGCCGAUGAUGAUGAUCAAGAAGAUGGCGAUUUCUUAGGAUUGAACAAAAUCAAUGAAGUACUUGAUGUAGCGCCUGUUGCUGGGUUCGAUUUACCUGAAAUUCAAACUAAUACACCUAUAAUUGAAGACAACAGGGUUUAUGGACCAGUGUAUUGUUCUGAACCUAACAAAUCUGACCUUUAUGAAGAGGAUGAAACAAAACUAAUCCUCGAUUCUAAUGCUUUGAAACAACUUAGUGAUCCUAGCAAGACUCAAAUAAAACAAGUUGAAGUAAUAAAUGUGGAUAUGCGUCAAGUGUUAGAAGAGUCUCAACAGUGGUUACAGAAGAAUAUGACAGAGGAGUAUGCUGAAAGUAAAAAUGUCAGUAGUGAUAUUACUAUAAGUGGACAAUCUAAACGCAAACAUCAGAUAACAUAUUUAGCUCAACAGGCUAAAGCCAAUGAGCUGAAACUUAAAAACAUGUGGGCUGAGAAUAGAAUGACCAGGAAGCAAACACAAGCUAAAUAUGGAUUUUAAUUGCUAAAAAAAGCAAAUCGCCGAGACAAACGCCGCCGUCAUGAUCGCCAGAGGACCGGCACCCGGUAAAUCGAUCAUUUUUGACCCAAACGUGAGCAAUA